AUGCCUCCUUUCAAACUACCAAGCAUCAUCUUUGCCCUGUCUUUGAUUCCCUUCACUAUUGGCGCUGGGGAUACCAGCUUGGUCGGAUGCAACUCCGUUGGCUGCCCCACAAUCGAUGGUUAUGACCGCUGUACAGUUGAAGCUGUCGCCCAUAUUGGCGUUGGACUUUCCCGAAUUCACAAUUCCCCCUCAGAAUUGGAAGGAUUUUCCCUCGUAAAGGAGUCAAUGUUUCAAAUAAAGCCAGUGAAGAUCCCGGUCUUCCGUUCAACUCGUUGUAUUACCUAUCUGUUCCAGAAACCGCAGACACUGGAAAGCUUCGCGGAUGCGCUGUCGUCUUCAACGACUCCCCUUUCACAAAGUUCAAAUACCCCAUGA